AUGGACUUGAGCUACAAUGACUUCGAACGCAUAAGCACACCAUCUAUCAAUACUUCUCUCGUUGCUCAUAAUCAUUUACCUGCAAAUUUUUCUAUGCUUUAUAACCUGGACUUAUCAUACAAUUUGCAUCUUCGCAUUGAUGAUCUUCAUUGGCUCUCUAGACUUCCAUCCCUAGCAUAUUUCGGGCUUCGUGGCACUCAUCACCUUCCUAGCGAAACAAAUUGGGUUCGAUCAUUGACUUUGCUACCUCUGGAGGAAUUACAUUUGUAUGAUUAUAAUUUGAACACCUCUAUUCUAUCUCUUGAAUAUGCUAAUUUUAGCUCACUUAAAAGUCUUGAUCUCGGUCUAAAUGAUUUUAGAGAUGGACUACCCAAUUGGUUGUUCAAUCUUAGCAAAGACAACUUCAAUGACCUAUAUCUCAGCCAAUGCAAUUUGGGAGGUCAGAUUCCAGAUUUUUCAGGCUAUCAAAAUCUGCAGGGCUUAUAUCUAUCUGACAACAAACUCAAAGGAUCAAUACCUGAUUGGCUUGGCCAGGUUGAUAGAUUAUAUGACCUUGAUCUAUCUGAUAACUUGUUGCACGGUUGCAUUCCUUCUAAUCUUGUAAAUGCAUCAAAUUUAGAAGUUUUAAAUAUUAGCUUCAAUGACUUGAGUGGUACACUUCCCAAAAACAUUGUCCAAAGGCACUUUGUUCUUUUGGAUUUGUCUCACAAUUCAAUCAGUGGAGAUAUAUCUAACAGGAGAGAUAUUCCAGAGCAGAUAGAAAAGAUGAAAGAUAUAGAAUCUCUUGAUUUCUCCCAUAACAAUCUUCAUGGGAACAUUCCUCAAAGCAUGGCUGGUCUAUCUUUUCUAAGUGUUUUGAAUAUGUCAUACAACCAUUUCAGUGGACAAACUCUACUAGGGACUCAGCUUCAGAGUUUUGAUGCAUGGAGUUACACUGGGAAUACCGAACUUUGUGGAGCUCCUCUUCCAAAUAACUGCACCUUACUAGAAAAACUAGACAAUACAAAGCAAGUUGGAGGGAAUGACAAUAAUGGGUUUUUGAGUUCAUUGUAUCUUGGGAUGGGAGUUGGAUUUGCAAUGGGAUUCUGGGUCGUUUGUGGUUCUUUGUUCCUAAAUAGAGAAUGGAGGCACACUUAUCUUCAAUUCUUUUAUGAUGUGGUAUAUGGAAUCUAUGUUGCUAUGGCCAUAAAGCUUUGA